CAGCAUCAGUGGCCGGUGUCCACAUCAUAGUUCCUAAUACAGGAGUGAUUCCUUUUCACUACCCUGUCCUCUCUGGUCAGUGUCACCAGCUCUCCCUGCUGCGAUCCCAGCUUCCAGCCAGCGUUUGAUCAUGUCCGUGUCCGACUUGGAGACUCCAGAGGAUGGACCUUACGGGUCCUGGGUCGAGCUAGAGGAGUUGAUUGCAGCCGUGAGCCGCAGGGAGAGUCUGACAGGAUCUCAGGACAGCAUCUCCACUGCCCUUCAGGGGGAGCUAGAGAGGAUCCUUCUGGAAGCACAGCUGGAGUGUGAGAGGAGUCGAGACAGUCCUCCUCUAGUGGUGUCAUCACAGUCUACCAGUUCUCCCAGACCCACCAGUGAACAGGACAGUGAUUGUGUUCCCAUACAGGAGGAAGCUGAGAGGCGAGCAGACACAGAAUGGGUUUGGAAUUGGUCCAGUAGACCUGAAAAUGUGCCUCCAAAAGAGUUUGUGUUUCAACACCCGAAACAGCAGACUUCCCUCAGCGUUAGGAAGACCGAGGUGAUGAAAAGAGGAAUCUUCUCAUCUGAUGUUCUUCUCAUUCUUGUUCCCUCACUUCUGGCUUCCCAUCUGCUCACACUCGGAGUCGGGAUCUACAUAGGAAAGCGGCUGGCUGCUUCCACCACCAGUACGCUGUAAAGAUGGCUGAUCUUGGUUGCUAACAGUCUGCCCAACGAGGUCACAGUUCACCCUCCUCCCCACACUAAUUCGCCUCCGUCCCUCACCACGGAGCAAACAUAGGACCUGCCUGUAUAUCCCUCUGUCUGUCCAGCUGUGUUUAAUUUUUUCGCUCAGUCUUUCUUGUCAAAUGUGCUUGUGGUAGAGCUCAAGGAGCAGAUGGAUGCUGACCAAUGAGUCGGACUGAGGUCAGUAUCACAUUUCUGCAGAGUAGCACUGAUCUCAACAGGCUGAAGCCCAAUCUCAGGGAAGGGAUUACCCAGAAACGAGAGCAAGAGGAGAAUAAGAAUGAUGCAGCACUUUGAUAAGAGGAGAAUGGAACAGAGUGUUCUGAUAAAAUCAAAUAGAUGAUGGUAUUCUCCCAAUCUCCGAUAAAGCAAGAUGUCUGUCAUCUGUCCAGCGUAAUGACCCUUCGUAUGUCUGAGCUGCUACAAGGGGCUUUGGGUUUUUACCUUUGAUGAGUCUAACGUAGACUUUCUAGCUGGCUGAGUGAAUGUAGGGAGGGUUGUGAUUGCACUCUUUGUUCCACAGACCAAUUAAAUAUUUGACCUCUGACAAAGACAGUCAUGAUUCCAUUAAACGUUACUCCUCAGAACCUAAA